AUGGGUGAGCCCCCACUGUACCCGCAAAUUGAACCAACUACCUUCGAUCUGAUUGCCAUAGGCACUGGUUUAGCAGAAUGCAUUGUUGCUGCUGCAGCUUCUGCUUCUGGAAAAACUGUUCUCCACCUUGACACUAAUCCAUUCUAUGGGUCCCAUUACUCCUCUCUCUCCAUCCCUGAACUCACAUCGUUCCUCAAUUCCAAUUCUACACCUCCUCCCCCACCACCACCCUUCACUGCAACCGCAACUGACAGCCUUGAUUACUUGAUUGUAAAUCUCACCACUCAGCCGGUAUACUCAGAUGUUGAGAUUUCAUGUUUUUGUCCUGAACUGUUGGAAAAAAACUCGCGGAAGUUUAAUUUGGACUUAUGUGGACCGAGGGUGUUAUUUUGUGCAGACAAGUCAAUUGACCUUAUGUUAAAAUCUGGAGCAAGUCAGUAUGUGGAGUUUAAGAGUAUUGAUGCUAGUUUUGUUGGUGAUGAGAAUGGAAAGUUAUGGAAUGUGCCAGAUUCUAGAGCUGCCAUAUUUAAGGAUAAGAGUUUGAGUUUGAUGGAAAAGAAUCAGUUGAUGAGGUUUUUCAAGCUGGUGCAAGGGCACUUGGCUGCCACAGUGGUGGCGGGUUCCGCUGGUGGUGAUGGGAAUGGGAAUGAGAAUGAGAAUGAUGAAGAGGAAAGUAAGGCAAAGAUUUCAGAGGAGGAUUUGGAGAGGCCAUUUGUUGAGUACCUGUCGAAAAUGCGGUUGCCUCCAAAGAUUAAAUCGAUUAUUUUGUAUGCUAUAGCCAUGGCAGAUUAUGAUCAAAAUGACAUGGGGGUUUGUCGAGAUUUGCUCAAGACCAAAGAUGGAAUAGAUCGUUUGGCUCUAUAUCAGUCAUCAGUUGGGAGGUUUACAAAUGCUUCCGGGGCUUUGAUUUAUCCCAUUUAUGGUCAAGGAGAACUGCCACAAGCCUUUAGUCGCCGUGCUGCCGUCAAAGGUUGCCUUUAUGUUUUGCGAAUGCCAGUAACUGCAUUGCUUAUGGAAAAGGAUAGUGGGAGUUACAAAGGUGUUCGAUUGGCUUCUGGUCAGGACUUAUUUAGCCAGAAGCUGGUUCUGGAUCCAUCCUUUACACUUAACUCACCGUCAGCCUCUCCUUCAGAUCUUCUGCAUGAUAGUUUUAGCUUUUUGAGCAUCAGAGAUAUUAAAGGGAAGGUGGCCAGAGGGAUAUACAUCACACGAAGUUCCUUGAAGCCAGAUACGCCAAACUUUCUGGCUGACCAACACCAUUCGAAGGUGGGCGGCCCGCCUAGAACAGUCAUGUUUGACUGGGCUUACACACAUUCGCUCACUUACGCUGGUCAAUUUGAUUCUAUCAACUUUACUCUCAUGCCCGACGGAAAUCUGAAUUAUAACGAUACAUUGGAUGCAGUUGUGAAGCUCUUUCAGGAGAUGUAUCCAAAUGAAGCAUAUUUCUCAGAGACAACUCCACCUGUGAAUUCUGAGGAUGAUACUGAGCUCACUCUAGAGACAUAG